GUCCAGGCACGUCCUGUUCGAUGAAACCCAAACCUAUCCCCAUCUUCAUUCGGUCGAGCCACAGCCCCCAUUGUCUUCUCCCUCGUUUGCGACAACAGGGUCACCCAUCGUUGUGCCGUCUUUGCCGGAGCAACCACCAGCGACAACGGGAGGCAACACCAUUUCCGCUUCAUCCUCAGGUUGAUGCUAUGGAUAUGUCAGAUGCAGUCAUUGUCAAUUCCAGCAGAUUAAAAUCUGUUGUGUGGAAUGACUUUGAUCGGGUGAAAAAGGGUGACACCUGUUUGGCUGUCUGUAGGCAUUGCAAAAAGAAACUUAGUGGAUCUAGUACUAGUGGAACGUCACAUUUGAGGAACCACUUAAUUAGGUGUCAGAGAAGAUCUAAUCAUGGCAUAUCUAACCAUGGCUUGGGUCUUUAUUUUCCAGCAAAGGGAAAGAAAAAAGAAGGAACCCUUGCCCUUGUGACUAUGGAUCAGGAACAGAAAAAGGAUGAAGUAAUUAACCUUGGGAAUAUUAAAUAUGAGCAAGAGCCAAUGAAAGAAGACACGGUUAACAUUGUGAAUAAUAAUUUUGAUCAAAGGCGAAGUCGAUAUGAUCUUGCCCGCAUGAUCAUCCUACAUGGCUAUCCUUUGGCUAUGGUUGAGCAUGUUGGAUUCAGGAUAUUUGUUAAGAAUCUACAGCCACUUUUUGAACUUGUGACAUGUAACAGAGUUGAGGCUGACUGUAUGGAAAUCUAUGCUAAAGAGAAACAAAAAGUGUAUGAAGUGUUGGAUAAAUUACCUGGCAAAAUCAGCAUCAGUGCUGAUGGGUGGGCUACUACAGGUGAUUCUGAGUACUUGUGUUUGACAGCACACUUUAUUGAUGAAGAUUGGCAAUUGAAAAAGAAGACUUUGAAUUUCAUUAUGACUGAUCCUUCUCAUACAGAAGAUGUGAGUUCAGAUGUUAUAAUGACUUGUCUAAUGGAUUGGGAUAUAGAUCGUAAGUUAUUUGCAGUGACAUUUGAUAGUGGGGCUAGCAGUGACAACAUGGUCUAUAGAAUUAAAGAUAGGCUGUCUCAGAACAGAUUCCUCUAUUUAAAUGGCCAAUUGUUUGACGUUCGCUGUGCGCCAAAUGUUGUCAGUCUGAUGGUUCAAGACGCUCUGGAAGCACUCUGCGAGGUGACUUACAAGAUUAGGGAAAGCAUCCGAUAUGUCAAAAGUUCUCAGUCAACACUAGCAAAAUUCAAUGAAGUGGCUCUAGAAAUUGGAGUUGAGAGUCCUAAGUGCUUGUGUGUUGAUAAUCCAUCACAAUGGAACUCUACGUAUUCAAUGCUUAAAGAUGCAUCAGAGUGCAGGGACGUGUUUUUUCGUCUGCAAGAAUAUGAACCAGACUACAGAAUGUGUCCAUCUGAUUUAGAGUGGGAGUGAGUGAGUGCCAUUAUUGGCUGCUUGAAGCUCUUCGUUGAAGUUACUAAUGUUUUCACAAAGAGCAAGUAUCUGACUGCAAAUAUAUAUUUUCCUGAGAUUUGUGAUAUACAUCUGCAGUUGAUUGAAUGGUGCAAGAAUCCUGAUGAAUUUCUUAGUUCUUUGGCAAUGAAAAUGAGAAGCAAAUUUGAUGAGUACUGGGAUAAAUGCAACUUGGGUUUAGCAGUUGCAGCCAUGUUAGAUCCUCGAUUCAAGAUGAAGUUGAUGGAAUAUUACUAUCCGCUAUUAUAUGGUAAUAGUGCUUCAGAGCUGAUAGAUGAUGUUUUUGAGUGUAUUAAGACGCUAUACAAUGAACAUUCUAUUGGCUCUCCAUUAGCUUCACUUGACCAAGGUCUGGCUUGGCAAGUAAGUGGUAGCUCUGGCACUUUGGCUAGUUCUGGAAAGGAUUCAAGGGACAAACUAAUGGGGUUUGACAAAUACCUGAAUGAAACUUCUCAGACUCAAGGGUCCAAAUCAGAUCUGGACAAGUACUUGGAAGAACCUCUCUUUCCACGUAAUGUUGAUUUCAAUGUAUUAAAUUGGUGGAAAGUUCAUACUCCAAGGUAUCCAAUCCUAUCAAUGAUGGCACGCAAUAUUUUGGGAAUCCCCAUGUCAAAAGUUGAAUAUGACUCUGCAUUCAACAUUGGAAAGAGAGUGCUGGACCAUGAUCGAAGUUCACUGCGCCCAACUCUUGUUCAAGCUUUGAUGUGUUCUCAAGAUUGGAUGAGGGAGUGAAAGUGCAAGGUGAUCUUCCUUCUUUUAUUAGUUUCCUGUAGUUUUCUAGGUUGUUUAUAGACUCUUUUCUUGUAUCAUUUUGCAAAACCAUCUAUUCGACUUUCAGAUGUGAAGCCCAGCUACAAUCUAUAUAAAGUAAGGCCGCCGCAAAUUUAAUGUUGGUUCAAUGGUGUGCGUGCCUUGGCAUUA